AAAUAAAUUAAGUGUUUUGUGAUUUAACAUCAAAGUGUUUUUUUUACAAUGUUAAAUGUUAAAUUUAUUUUAUUAUGUGUAAUUGUUAUUGUUAAUUAUAUUUAUGCAAAUCCUGUAAAUCCUGUAAAUCCUACGCCACAAUGUGUGGGACUGUAUGAAAGAUGGGAUGAUUGUGGACCAGCAUGCCCACAAACUUGUGAUAAUUUCCAAGAAAAUAUUAUUUGUACAGAUAAUUGCGUACCAAGUUGUGUAUGCACUGAUGGUGCUGUUCGUAAUCGUUGGGGUAAUUGUGUUCCAGAAAAGAAAUGUGCUUUAGAGAACCGUGCAAGAGCAUUAAAUCCAGAUCAUUCACGUGUACUCCGUUUCCAUUCAAAACGUGAAGCUCCGAAAUCUGAAAACUUUUGGAAAUCAGAUCUGAAGAAAGCUAAAAAAUUGUAUAAAAUUAAAGUUGUAAAAAUGAAUUAUAGUCAGUAUUUAUCCAUAUUAAGUUUAAUUUUAUUAAAUAUUCAUUUGAAACCAAUAUUGGGUACAUUAUGUGCCGAAGGACCAAAUUCAUCUCCAACUUGUCAACCUCAAACUGAGGCCGACUGUACCGAACGAGAGACACUAAAUUCUUGUGGAAAUCUAUGUGAACGUUCAUGCGAUGAUAUUGAAGGGAAACGUCCAUGUCCACUAAUUUGUGGACCGCCGGCUUGUGUAUGCUCUGGAAACUAUGUACGUCAUCCAAAUGGGCAAUGUGUUUUACCCCAAGAAUGCCCGAUACAACAAUGUCCACCGCAUGAAUAUCUCAAAUUGUGUGGCCGAAUAUGCGAAGACACUUGUGAAAAUAAUGGCAAACCAAAAUUAUGUCCUCGGAUUCAAUGUAGUAAUUUUACUCAAAAUUGUUCAUGUUCCGAAGGCUAUGUUCGAAAUUCGAAGGAUAUAUGUGUGUUACCGGAAGAAUGCCCACAAUGCCAACAAAAUCAAACAUACACGGAUUGUGGGUCCUCGUGUCCAAGAACUUGUAAUCCCAGAUCCGAUGCUCAAAUUUCAUGUCUUGCUGUUUGCUUAACGGGAUGUUUUUGCAGUCCAGGUUACGUGACAUCCCAAACAUAUGGUGGUUGUAUUCUACCUGAUGACUGCCCCAAUUCUGAAAAAUGUUUCGAUAAUGAAGAGUAUCAGGAAUGUGGGACAGCUUGUCCCGAUACUUGUGAUAAUUACAGGAAUCCAAAUCGACCCUGUACCAAACAAUGUGUUCAAGGAUGUUUCUGUAAGCCUGGAUUAGUUCUCAAUUCAGACGGAAAAUGUAUAAGUCCUGACCAAUGUCCACCUCCUACUUGUGGAGAACACGAAGUUUACACCGAUUGUGGAACAGCAUGCCCAGAUACUUGCAGUAAUUUGGGUACCAAACUCAAUUGUAUUGCACUUUGUGUGCCAGGAUGUUUUUGUGAACAAGGUUAUGUUCGAUCAGCUAGCGGAAAAUGUGUACUUCCAUCACAAUGUCCAGUGAAUGAAACCUGUACAAAACCUAACGAACGUUAUAACGAAUGUGGGACCAAAAAUCAAAGAAGUUGUACGAACUUUUUUAAUUACAGUCCACCAGCAGGUGGUUGCGAAAAAGUGUGCGAAUGUGAUAACGGCUAUGUUCGUGAUUGUAAUGGAUUUUGUACACAACCUCAAUCAUGUCCAAAUUUGUGUGGAAAAAAUGAAAAAUUUGAUUGUGGAUCAGCAUGUGACACAGAAUGCGCAACAUUGGGUCAACCAUGUCCAAUUCAAAAUAUCAAAUGUAAUGAAAAAUGUUAUUGUAUUGAUGGUUAUGCCAGAAAUUCGAAAGGGGAAUGUAUUCCAAUUAAUGAAUGUCCAAAAAAAGAAUGUACUUGCCCACAACCAACCAGAACGAGAAAACGGCGACGUUCUUGUAAUCAUAAUUAAAUUUCUGGAAUUAAUAAUGACUCUCUAGUUUGGUAUGUUUUAAUAGAAAAAUUGGAAUAAAAAAAUUACAGUCUACCAUUUUGAAUACUCAAAAUAGAGAUAGUUCGUUAGGUAAAAUUUGAUGCGGUCGUGUUACAUAAGGCAAGAGGCUAAAAAAUAAAUAAAAUCUCCUAGCAGUAGGUGUGUAUUUCAGUGAUAAAUAAAGGGUAACUAACAACCUUUUUUAGCCUCCUGCAAAGGGUAACUAACACCUAUAACUGCAUAAUAGGGUGUUAUCGUUAGUCAAAAAUAAAUUAAGAAAUUUGAAAAAAGUUAAAAUUUAUGUAAAACAAGUGAAAACUGAGUCAAUUGUUAAAAUACCAUGCAUAGAAAGUAUUGAUUUCUUUAU